AUGAAUACGCAGGUUGAUACUAAUGACGCAAGUGGAGAAGAUGGCUGUCGCAGGGUUGUGGAUGUAUCUGAUAGACCCGCCCACGUCUACCUCGAUGACUUCAUGAAACGAUCAUUUAACCAUGCUUGCGAUGAUAUGGAGAAAUGGAUCAAGGAAAAGCUAAAGAUUGCGUUGGAUGGUUCGUACCUCCGUCUGAAUAGUAUCCGUGCAAGACUUGAGACACAAAAAAGCUUAAGAACGGAGCUUAAAACUCAGUCAAAUAAUCUCAAACAUUUGAACGUUGCUGGGGACUUUCUUAUCGCAAACGGAAAUUCGGAAGCGCUUGAUGUACGUCGUCGUUUGCAAACUAUAAAUAAUAUGUGGAACAGAGUCGUCGUUGCUCUCAAGAAGAACGGUGGAAGACUUGCCGGAGCUAGAGAUGAGGCGCAGUACUACCGUAACAUUGAAGAAUUGGAAUUCUGGGUGGAAGAAAUUGAACACUGGUUAGGAUCUGAAGAUAUCGGGAAAGAUCUUGAGUCCUCUCAGGACCUGCAAAGGAAUUUGGCACAGAUUGAAAACGACUACCUAAUUCUUUGCGAAUUGGUCGAUGGUGUUAAAGAUUCAGUGAACACUUUCCCUCCAAAUAAUGUAUAUCUAGCGACUCGUAUCAUGAUUCUUAAGCAGGAUGCUCUGCGGAUGAAAGUUAUGAGUCUUCGAAGGCAAAUUUGUCAACGAAAUCGAUUGCUUCACCUUGCUGUUGAAGGCCGCAUUCUGAUAAAAAAUAUUAAGGAUGAACUAGUGUGGAUAAUUGGGAAGCAACAGGUGUCAAAUGUUCUCGAUUGUAGUGAGGUUCAUGGAGGACUCGAUCUCGCUGAGAUACAGAAUCUCUUUCGGGAACAGAAGGUUUCUAUCGCAGAGAUAGUCAGCCAUGAGGAACGCAUUCGCACAUUGUGGAAAACGGCAAAAAAUACUGUAAACGUGAAUCCGUUAUUUGGUGACGAAAUUGGCUUGAACUUGACGCAUCUCCGCGAAAAUUGGGUGUAUUUGAGAGUGAAUGCAGAGAAACGCCUUCUGAAUCUUGAGUUUUUCUUACGUGCUCGAAAGUACACUGACGGUGUGAACGAAGCUGAGGAGUGGUUGGCGGAAAUGGAGCCAGCUGUUGGUUUGGUUGAUUAUGGGGAAGAUGAGGAAACAACUGAGGCAUUGAGAAAAAAGUUCCGAACUAUUAUGUCCAGUCUCAACGCCUUCAAAGUAGAAAUCGAUUACCUGAGGAGAGAAGCGGAAGACUGCAAGGAUCAGAAACAAGAUGUGGGACAGCUGUGUCAAGAUGUUAGCCUUGUUCUCUACGAUAAUGCAGAUUAUGUUCACGGAGAAAUACAAAUGAUGAGAGGGGAUGUCGUUAUGCUUCUUGAAGCCAAAAACAGGACUUCAAUGAAGGUUGUGAUUGAUAACUAUCACUCAUUUGUGCCACGUGAUUGCGUAAGGCGCAUUCAGCCUGCACCAGCGAUUGUACGUGAGCAGCGGAUCAAACAUAUCUACGGAAGGCAGAAACGUCUCGAGAAUUUGUACAGAAGAGUCGUGGUACUUGGAGAACUUCGUUUGAGGAAAUUGGAAGAGGCAUGCAAACGUUUUAAAGUUCUCAGAGACGCGAACGCUCUGGCUGAAUCGAUCCAGAAAACUGUCGUUGCGGAGAGAAAAAUCGGUACUAAUUUGAAGAAUUUGGAGGCGCUAUCGAGAAAUCUUGGCGUUUUCGAGGGUAAUCUUAAUGCCAACGAGAUUCGUAUGAAGGAGAUGAACAAAAUUGCUGCUGCGCUUUCGUCUGUCGGAAAAACUAAAGCAGCUAAGCACAUUCGCGAACAUAUUAAGGAUCUAAACGUUAGAUGGCAGUCUCUCGAAAAACUGUCAGAGCAACGAGAGAGUUUCCACUGUUCUGAAGUUCAACGCCUCCGACGUAAGAUGGAAUCAGUCGAAAAUGAACUUCAUCGAAAGGAAGAGCAUCUCAGUUUGGAAGAUCUGGGCUAUGACCUUAAAUCGGUACAGACAUUGCUUCGCAAACACGAUAGCCUCGAGAUGUUCUUGGCCGGUCUCGGUGAAAAAGUAAAGAGUUUCGAAGAAGAGGCAAACCGACUCUCUCUCAGCCACCCGGAGGAGGCUGGCUACAUCACUGAAUUGAAUAGGAAAUUCAAUGAGCAGUUGGAGAAGAUCACUACCAAGGCGAGCUGUCGCAAAGCUAAACUCAUUAGCUCAUAUGAGUAUCAGCAGUUUAUGGCCGAGUAUCAUGAUCUUAUGCAAUAUAUUUCUACAAUGAUGAACGUCGUAAGUAGUCAAGAGUUGGCAAAUGAUGUUGUUGGAGCCGAAAAACUUCUUGAUAGACAUCGGGAGAGCCGUACAAAGAUGUUCUCUCACAUUAGUAUUGUCCAUACUUUGGAGCAGUUCGGAAAACGUCUUGUAACAAACAACCACUAUGCUAGUGAACAUAUUUCAAUCUACUUGAACAAUGUGGAUGCUGCUUGGAAACUCCUUGAUGAGAUAUGGGUGGCUCGCAACCGCAAACUCGAACAGAGACUGGAUUUUAUCCUCUUCGAAGCUAAUUUUGUCACUGCUGAUUCAUGGCUAACAGCUCACCAAGCCUCCAUUGCUGACGUGAACGUCAAUGUUGCUGUUGAAAAUAUGAUAUCCUUAGUCAGUAAGUACGAAGAGCUUAGUAAUGCGAUCCAUAAUCAACAGGAAAAAAUAAACGGAUUGAUGCUAUUUGCACACCAGCUUAUUGAUGGUGGUCAUUAUGACAAAGACGAGGUUGUCCGCAGGCGUGACUCGAUUAAGGAGAGAUGGGAACAUCUGCAAGCCUCCUUCCAGAAGAAGCAAAACGAGCUUGAAGAAAAUCUGAUGUUGCUGCAAUUCGACCGCUCGUCCGAAGAGAUGAACAAACUAUUUGUGGGAACUUUUCGAUCACUGAUGCUAUGGUCGGCUUUAUGCAUUGUGCUUCCACUAAUAAUCGCCAUCCGGCCUGAUCAAAUCAAGGGACCGCAGAUUCUCAAUCCACCAACUGCGUUAUUUCAGGCUCGGGCAACAUCGUCAGAUGAGCUGGAUCCGUGUCAAUAUAUGCUGCAAAAUUUAACCAGUGUGGAGAAUCUUCGAGCACACGAAUUCGCAUCACUAGAACAAUGUCUCUACUAUUAUUUGGCCGGAGAAUCUGCAAAGCGAAUGAAAAAGCUCAGCAUUCCUCAUCCGAUUGCAUCCGUACCUCCAAACUACUUAAGCCGACAACCUGUUAACAUCAAAUUCAACCAAAUAACGCUGCAGCAUUUUGAAUUGAACGAGUUCCUCAAGGACAUUGCUAUCCAUGGUUACAUGGAACUUUCAUGGAUGGAUGAUCGACUGCAGUGGAGCCGUGAUACGUGGAAAAUGGAAAAGCUUCAAGUUCAAAGUCUAAACCAUGUCUGGAUACCGUUAUUUAUUGCACAGAACUACGACACACAUUUGAAGAAUGGAGAUGCGUUUGAGAUGAGGCGAGUGGAAGCUACGUACUCUGGAAACGUCUCUGCUGUAUUGGCCUUCUCUUUACGAUCCUUCUGCGAUGAUUCCGACUUUGAGAACUAUCCGGAUGAUGUCUACAAAUGUUGCUUCACUCUUGAACCGCAAACUAAUCCUGAUAUCAUAGAAUUCGAUGCCUCUGGUCUUCCAAUAUUCACUGACCCAAAAUACUUCCGUGACUACGGUUGGAAAGUGUCUGGAACUGUUCCACAGACUUUAGAAGAUCCUGCACAAGUUGCACAGCUUGGAUUCUGUUUGAAUCUACAACGUGCAUCGUCAUCAGUUCGAAUUGAACUAACUGUCCCGCUGAUGGUCUGUGCUCUUUUGUUUCUGCUCACACCAUUCCUGGGUUCAAUAAAAAUACAGAUUUGUGCCAAAUUUUUCAUUUUGGCUCUACAAUUCCUAACGUUCAUACUCUUCUCGAACAGAAUUUCUCCACAUCUUGGAAGCGCUGCUGCCACACCGAAGCUAUUAAGAUUUCUGGAAUUCUCUGUCACUUUGAAUGGAUUUUCACUGGCUGCAUCGAUUUUCCUAUGGGCUUGCACAAGAAUUCGACGUGAACUUCCACCGUGGGGUCAACUAAUUCAGCUGUCAUCAUUUGUCAAUCGAUUCUUAUGUGUAUUGCAAACUCAUGCUACGGACGAUGAGGAGGAUAAUGAAAAAGCAUCUGCUGGUGGUAAUUACCAAAAGGACUGGACUGCUGCUUUUGUCGCCGUCCACGCUCUUGCAAUGAGCGUUUUUGCAAUAAUCUUCAUUUUCGGCUAUCUCUUUUUAUUCUAA